CGCGGCCCGCCCCGCGCGGCCCCGUCAGCGCUGCCAGCGUGGAGCGGCCGCGCCGGGCCGGGGCGGGCCCGCCGACAUGGACGGGCCGCUGGAGAAGAUGGUUGACCCUACUCUGGCAGAAAUGGGAAAGAACCUGAACGAAGCCAUGAAGAUGCUGGAAGACAAUCAGAGAAAAGUGGAGGAGGAAAAUGAAAAGAAAUAUGCACGGAAGGACAUUCCUGGACCACUGCAAGGCAGUGGCCAGGAUAUGGUGAGCAUACUUCAGUUAGUUCAGAACCUAAUGCAUGGAGAGGAGGAAGAGGAAACUUCUCAGUCCUAUCGACUCCAAAAUGUUGGUGAACAGGGUCACAUGGCUCUACUGGGACAUAGUUUGGCUGCUUAUAUAUCUGUGCUGGACAGGGAAAGACUGAGAAAACUUACAACAAGGAUCCUUUCUGAUACUACUCUCUGGCUCUGCAGGCUUUUCAGGUAUGAAAAUGGAUCAGCUUAUUAUCAUGAAGAUGAUCGUGAAGGUCUCCUAAAAAUCUGUCGCCUCGUUAUCCACACGCGCUACGACGAUUACACAAUAGAAGGGUUUAACGUGCUCUGUUCUAAGCAGCCUGUCAUAUACAUCAGUUCUGCAGCCAGAACAGGCCUGGGCCAAGCUCUCUGCAAUCAGCUGGGGUUGCCCCUUUCCUGCAUGUGCCGUGUGCCUUGUAACACUAUGUUUGGAUCUCAGCACCAAAUGGAUGUUGCUCUGUUGGACAGAGUGAUUAAAGAUGAUGUUGAGUCUGGAAAACUGCCUUUGUUGCUUGUGGCCAAUGCUGGCACUCCCGGCGCGGGGCACACGGACAAGCUGGGCCGGCUGAAGGAGCUCUGUGAGCAGUACAACAUGUGGCUCCACGUGGAAGGUGUGAAUCUGGCAACUUUGGCUUUGGGUUAUGUCUCCUCUUCUGUACUGGCAGCUACAAAAUGUGACAGCAUGACUCUUACCCUGGGUUCCUGGCUGGGGCUCCCAGCUGUGCCUGCAGUGACACUCUACAGACACGAGGAUCCAUCCUUGUCCUUGGCAGCCGGGCUGACAUCGAGCCAGCCCGUGGAGAAGCUCCGUGCCCUGCCCCUGUGGCUCUCCCUGCAGUACCUGGGCCACGAUGGCAUCGUGGAGAGGAUAAAACACGCCUCUCAGCUGAGUCAAAGGCUGCUGGAAAACUUGAAAAACCUGGAUUUCAUUAAAACUUCGGUUGAAGAUGAACUGAGUUCACCAGUGGUGGUUUUCAAGUUUUUCCAGGAAUAUUCAAAUAGAGAUCAGACCUCACAUGCUGCACAGGCCUCAACUAUUCAGCACCCCAUCAUAAGCAACGAAAGACACAUUUAUGACACUUUCAAUCAGUGGCUGGGAGAGCAGCUGGCACAGCUGGUUCCUGCCAGUGGAGUGGAUGUGGUAGAGCUGGAAGAUGAGGGCACGUGUGUGCGUUUCAGCCCCCUGAUGACUUCUGCAGUUUUAGGAACUGAAAUACAAGACAUUGAUCAGUUGGUGGACUGCUUGAAGAUGAAGAUCCCAGUAUUGACAAGCACUCUGCAGCUGAGAGAGGAGUUUGAGCAAGAAGUGAGAAGAACAGUUGGCCUGUUGUAUAUUGAAGAUCUUGGCUGGCCAGGGUUAGGUGUUGUAAGGUACAACUACCACAGUGAUGAGAAGAAUGAUGACAAACAAGAAAAAGAACUAGAAAAAAUCAAUACAGAACUUCUGAAGAAGUUAAAUGAACUGGAGUCAGAUCUCACUUUUUCUUUGGGUCCAGAAUUUGGGGGGCAGAAGAACUGUGUUUACAUUGGAAUGGUCACGGAGGAUCUGGAUGUGUCAGAGUUGGUUGAAACCAUUGCAGCAACAGGCAGAGAAAUUGAAGAAAAUUCCAGACUGUUGGAAAACAUGACUGAAGUUGUUAGAAAAGGGAUCCAGGAAGCACAGCUUCAGCUUCAGAAAGCAAAUGAAGAACGACUCCUGGAGGAGGGGCUGCUGCGACAGAUUCCUGUGGUGGGCUCUGUGCUGAACUGGUUUUCCCCCUUCCAAGCCUCUCCGAAGGGAAGGACGUUCAAUUUAACAGCAGGCUCUCUGGAAUCCACAGAAUCCACAUAUGUGUCAAAGGCCCAAGGAACAGGCACCACUCCACCACCCACUCCCACUUCCAGCCUUGCAAAGCAAAGACUUCCUGGUCAGAAAGCUUUUAAAAGGUCUCUAAGAAGCUCUGAUGGGUUCAGUGAGACCAGUUCCAUCAGCCACUGUGAUGACCUGGAGAGGAUGGAUCAGAGACCCCCAGCUCUAUCCCCCAGCCACGAGCAAGGACCUUUGGAGACACAAAAACCAGAGGAGCAGAAGGAGGUGGCACAGGCACAGACAAACACUGAGGACACUCACAGUGACAAAUCACCACCUGACUGUGCAAAGGGAGAGGAACAAGCAAGUGAAAGAUAAAAUCCAGUGUGGAUUUCAGACUUUGCCAAGGCAGCCCCUGCCCAGGGAGGCAGGGUGUUAAUGAUGCAUUGAAAAUGUGAACAGUGCCACACACUAGUACAGUAAUAACUACUGUAACUUAUUAACUGGGAUUUUGCACAAAUAUAAAUUCCCUCCCCUGGGACAGAGAUUUGUCUUAUCAUACUCUUGUUACAGUUGCUUUAAUCCUCUACAUGUCGGUGUCACCAAAGCAGUAGUGAAAUUUAUUAAGUGCUCAUAAACAUUUGUAAAAACACUUAGCAAUUAUCCUUCCUGCAGGAAUCUACGCAUGGUAACACUUGCUAACGAACCCAUCAGCCAUGCCCAUGGUUAAAAAUACAGUUGCACCCAAUGAUUAUACUACUACAUCUUAUAACAAAACCCCCCAAGCAACUGCCAGUUGUUCACCUAUUUACAAUUCAGUUUAACCUCUCCUGCAGUCACACUACUGCCUUGCUUCCCUUUUGUUACCUUAUCCAGCACCUUGCCCAGCAGCCGUGGCGGCGCUGGGAGGGCCGGGCCCGUGUAAAUAGGGGGUCACUGAGGAGUGCUUGGCCAGCGACCAUUUGUUCUGCUGUUGUGCUUCACACACCCAGCCACAGCCCUGGGUACAGUGGGGACCGAGUUCAUGAGUUCUAAGCCUUUUAGAAAGAAAUAGUGCCUCUGCAUGCCUGACCAGCUCCCUGCUUCCACCCCUGGGAAGGAUCACCAAGGCACCGUUGCGUUCCUUUGCACGGCAUUGACACCAAAUCCGCUCGCACACGUUGAUGUGGUGUAACUGGAGUUCUUUCUGUUGUGUAUUUUUAAAGAUAGUUGUAGUAAAGCUUGAAAAACCAAUACAUUUGUGACGGUUUCAACACUUAUUUUUUGAAUAACAGUAACUUACCUAUGGUAGGAAUUGUACAGACUCUAAAGAAACUAUUUAGGUUAUUUACAGCACAGCACAACUUCAGAGUGUCUGGGACUACUUUGGAUAAAUCCAAACCCAAGGUCUAAAAGUGUUUUCCCUCUGGAUCAUCUUAAUCACUUCACUGCAGAGUUUCAGAGCCUCUUGUGGAAAGAUCUCUGGCAACACUUGCUUUCCUUGAGUCACCUGAUUUUGAUGCAAACCAUCCCAUCCCUGUAGAACUGGAUACAAAUACUGGGUUUUUUCUUCCCCUCCUGAUGGGUAUCCAUUAAUACCAUAAUGGCUGUAGUGGUCCUGGGGCUUACUUUGAUAAUCUGAAAAAUUUAGGGUUUUUGAAUUGUACUGGCACCUGAUUUGACUCUCAGCUCCUCAGGCCUGCAGGGCUGGGAUGCCACGAACAAGGUUAAUUUUGCUGUUGGGGUAAUUUAUGUAAAUCAGUGCAAUUUUUCUAAAGUGCAAAAGCAAUUAAGUUGACUAGUCUUCCUCCUUGGUUUCUUUGGUGCAAUGAAGUAUGUUAAUAAUAAGAGUAAUUUGUUGGGGAUGAAGUUAUCACCACAAAGAUUACUUUUUAAUGUUUUUAUAUUUGGAAGUGUUAAAUCAGUAAGUUUUGUUGGAAUGAGCUUCAUUCUUUAGAUACUUACCUGAAUGUUUCAAUAAAGAUUCUUCAAAUUAU